AUGGCAGCUUCCACAGCGCUCGGCUUCCGCACAUCGCGGAAGCAGUCCGUCUCCUCAGCCACGCCGGCAUUCGAUCCUAACACCCUAUCCGCCUCGACGAUGCCCGUCGGGCCGAGCUCGACGGCCGGAUCUGCAGACGGUGGCAUCGGCGCCAGCUUCCUUGGCCCCGGAGGCGCCACUUUGAUGUCCGGAGCCCCGGCAGCCGCCAACACGAUCGCAAACAAGCAGGCGAUUGCUGGUUCGAGCCUGUAUCAGGCCUGUCUGAACCUCCGCGACCGCCUGUACUGCGUUCCCGACUUCGGCGAGAGCUACCUCGACGACCUCAUUUCGGCCACCUCGAUCACUUCUAAUGGUCCUCCGUCCCCUGCCACUGCCUCGCCGAAGCCCGACGACACUGGCUCCGAUUUCAGGGCCCGAACCAUGAGCGAUCCCGUCUCACAGCUUUGGCAAUGCUUCCGGCUGGGUGCGCCGCUCUGCGCCCUCUUUAACGCGCUUAGUCCAGAGGCCGCGCUGCCCCUCAACCCGGACGCCAACAGGAGCAACGCCAACGCAUGCAAGGCGCAGGUGAUGAAGUUCAUCAUUGCUCUAAAGCAGAACCUGGGCUGGGAUCCCGACGAAAUCUUCACCGUCACCCAGCUCUACCAGAACGACACCAACGGCUUCGUCAAGGUCGUUCGCACAAUCAACCGGCUCCUGGACGUGUUCGAGGAGCGCGGCCUGCUCAUCGAGAACAAGCGAGCGACGGAGCACGACGACCUAGAGACGCCGUCGGACGAUCGGGCCAAGGUGGUCAGAGAGCUGCUGACAACGGAGCGGAAAUACGUACAGGACCUUGAAGUCCUCCAGAGCUACGCACGGGCGCUGGCGCAAAAUGACAUUUUGCCGCCCGACACGCUGCAUCAUCUCUUUGGCAACCUCAACAAGCUCGUCGAUGUGCAGAGGCGGUUCCUCAUCUGCGUCGAGGAGAAUGUCCGUCGGCCAGCCGACGAGCAGCACUUUGGCCACGUCUUCAAGACGAUGGAAGAGGACUUCACGGUGUACGAGCCCUUUUGCGCCAAUUACGCAAAUGCCCUCGAGCUGAUCACCGCCGAGGCUUCCAACCUGGUGCGCCUCAAAAGCCUGCCGUGCGCCGAGGGCUGCUACCUCGACCCCGCCUACGAGCUGCCGGCGUUCAUGAUCAAGCCGGUGCAGCGCAUCUGCAAAUACCCUCUGCUCCUCGAGCAGCUGCUCAAGAAGACGUCGAAGGAGGCUCCCCGGUACGGCGAGCUCGAAGAGGGCCUGCAGGUCAUCCGGCGCAUCACGGACAAUGUCAACGAGACCAGCCGACUGCAAGAAAACGCACAAUUGGUCAAGGAGCUCGAGUGGCGCGUCGAGGACUGGAAGGGCCACAACAUCAAGACGUUUGGCCAGCUGCUGCUCUCCGACACUUUCAUGGUCGCCAAGAGCGACACCGAGCGCGAGUAUCAAGUGUACCUCUUUGAGAAGAUCCUCCUCUGCUGCAAGGAGGUGGUGCCCAACAAUGCCAAGAAGGGCGGCAAGAACGCGUCGCUGCUCAAGCAGAAGGGAGCCCCAGCCCUGAGCGCCAAGGACAAGCGCAGCAAGACUAUGCUCCAGCUCAAGGGGCGAAUCUUCAUCAACAAUGUCACGGGCGCCUUCGUCAACAACAAGAUGAGCCACGUUCUCGGCACGGCGGCGGGCCAGUAUGCUCUGCAGGUGUGGUGGCGCGGCGACGUCGACCAGGAAUCGUUUGCCCUGAAGUGCAAGAACGACGAGCACCUCAAGCAGUGGCAGACGGCGAUCAACAAGCUCAUUGACGAGGUCAACCUGCGGCGGCAACAAGCGGCGGCCCACUACACGCAGACUGGCGUCUCGCCCGGCUCCAUCAAUCUCGCCGGCGCCGGAGCGAACGGCAGGCGGAUGACUGCCACGUCGAGCCACUUCCCGCAGACGCCUCUGUCGGAAGCACCGCCUCUCAACCCCUUUGGCAAUUCCCUGUCUCUCUCCCGUACCGAGUCGCAGGCCAGCAGCUAUCGGCACGACGACGAUGGCGGCAGCGAUUCGCACAGCUACUACGAGAGCCAGAGUGGUCGCGCAACGCCGUCCAACGGCGGAAGGCUGUCUCAGCCCGCUGAGCAGAGGGAGCGGCAGCUCUCGCUCACGCAGGAGUCGCGGCCUCGCGCCCGCACCGAGGACCAGGACUCGUCGCUGAUGGCCCACUGGCGAUCUCACUCUCCUGCGAUGCCACCAUUGCUGCCACGCGGUCUGUCCUACAGCACAGGCACCGACCACCAGCAGCUGCGCAAGGCGUCGAGCAGCAGGCAGCUUCGCCAGCCCGGCUUCACCGGCCUCCAGCCGACCACUUCGCGGUCCUCGUCGCGCGCAGGCACCGUCGAUGGCGGCGCUGUCGAAUACCUCGACGGACCAUCGGAGCACGUCGACUAUCGCAGUCACGGCAACGGCCCCUUCCCCGCCCGUCCACGCGGCGAUUCUGUGGCUUCAGCCAUGUCGAGGACGACUUCCGACAGUGCUGCCCACACUCGGUCGCGCUCGGCCAGCAACCCACAUAUGUAUCCGCUGCCGGCUCAUCUGCAAGGUCCGGCUCCGCCCAUGCCCAAGGCGCCGCCGCUGCCAAACCAGCUCGCAGACCAUCUCAAGUCAAACCACAGCGCCACCGCUCUUGCUAGCAAUGGCCACGGCAACAAGCGGUUCAGCUCUUCGAGUGUCUCGACUACCGACUCGGCGCACUCGGGCCAGUCCCGGCCGCCGUCCUCGACGGCUGCAAGCUCGCCGAUCAACCUCAGCGGAUCGUCGAGCGCCUCUGGAGUCCGCACAAGCAAUGGUAGCGCGCUACACGGUGGUAGGCCGAGCGUCUCGAGCGGACCGCAGACGCCCACGACGCCGACUUCGUCGAGCGCUGUCAAGCUGCUCGUCCACUGCGGCGAGGACCGCUUUGUCGUCGUCGUCCUCUCUACGAUCUCGUUUGCCAGUCUGCUGGACAAGGUGACGAAGAAGGUGCGCGUCUGCAGCGGGCGCAACUCGCUGACUGAGAAUGGCCUUCGCAUCCGCUACAUCGACGAGGAUGGCGACCAGGUCAUGAUGAACGACGACGACGAUCUGCAAAUGGCCUUCGAAAGCGCCAGGGCCACUGGCGCCGAGGUGCAGCUAGUCAUCGCCUAA